AUGUGCGAUUCGCUCGAAGAAAAGUUCGGAGCUUGGGAGCUGUUCGAAGAGCUAUGGCAGAAGGAAAUGACGGACGAUACCGUAAACAUGUUAGAUAAAUUAGAUACUUUUAUUAAAGACAGUCCUUUUCACGAUCAGCUGAAUCUUCACGCUGAUGUGAAAGACAACGUAAAGGCGCGAAUCUUACGUACCAGAGGCAAUGCAUUUUUUCAUCCCAAAGUGAAAAGGUAUAUUGAAGCGCUGAAAUGCUACAACGAGAGUAUAGCUUUCUCGGAAAAAGGAACCGAAGACAGGGCCAUAGCUUAUGCGAAUCGAUCGAUGAUCUGCUAUGAGAUGCAUCGGUACGAAGAAUGCUUGGAGAAUAUUCGUUUGGCUCGUGGUUCUAACUACCCGGAACGUUUAGCGAGCAAACUCGUGAAACGAGAAGAAGAUGCCAAAAAAGCUUUACUAGCGGCGGUAAACAAUCAACCAGCGGUAAAAGGCAGCAAAGAGGUUAAGCCACACGGGGAUGAAGUUAAAUUAAGCUACAAUGCUCUCGAGACGGUACCACAGGUCGCAGCAUGCUUGGAACUGGCUGAAAGUGAUAAAUUUGGUCGGUACGUCGUAACCAAUCGAAACUUAAAUGCUGGAGACGUGGUGAUAAUAGAACGGCCGUUUUGUCGCCUACUUCGUGACGUUUAUCGAUGCAUUCGGUGUGAUUUUUGCCUUAAGGAAAGCUUAUUUACGCUAAUACCAUGCGAAAGCUGUACCGUGACCAUGUACUGUACGAUCGAAUGUAUGGACAAGGCGUACAAACAGUAUCAUCGUAUAGAAUGUCCGAUUAUAAGAGAUAUGUGGCGUAUUUUUACAAAGCUUCCCGUUCUGUCCUUGCGUGUCGUGACCACGGCGAUCAAUUCGUUUGACUACAAUCUACAAGCAAUGAGAGAGCACCUUGCUGAAUUAAACGAAAAGAAGGUAAACGCAUUUACCAUGGACUGGACGAAAGCUACACCGAGGGAUAUUUACAACACGGUACACGUAUUGGAAACAAACGCAAAUGUUCGAUAUUCGAAAGAUCGUAUGGUACGAGUGUUUUUCACAACCAUCAUUCGCAAACUCUUGGUCGAACGCACCGAUCUGGGCAAGAAUUGUGGAUUAGAUUUCGUUCUCUCAGAGUUGCUGGAUAAUUUGCUUCUGCGCCACCUUCAAACGUCUCCAGUAAAUAUGCAUUCGUUGCAUUAUAUGGAGUACCUGCCGGCUCAACAACUGUACGAGAUAGAAAACCAUGCUUCAGCAUGCUUUCCGUUGCUAAGCAUGCUGAACCAUUCCUGUGCACCUAACGUGACCCGUGUCACUUUAUUCGAUGGACGAUGCGCCGUAAUAGUUAAUCGUCCCAUUCCAAAAGGUGGUCAACUUUACGAUAACUAUGGCAUGCAUCACAGCGUGAUGUGCCGCAAGGAAAGAAAAUACGCUUUGGCAAAGCAAUACAGAUUCACCUGCCAGUGUGAAGCGUGCAUCAACGACUAUCCGCUAUAUCCUGAUCUUCCUAGCAUCGAUACUGCUCAGCACGGUAUGAUAGACACCGACGCCAUACAUGCAGAAUUGGUGCUCCAUAACGAGGAACAGGCGAAGGAACUGUUGCCGAAGUUGCGUCGCUACUUAAACGAUAUUGGACAUCAAUAUCCCGGUAAGGAGAUAUGCUCGUGCCAGGAGCUUUUUUUGCGUAGUUUUCAAAUAUUGCAUAAUCCUACAUCGGAGAGUGCACAGUACUGGAAAUAUUGUAACCCCUAG